AUGUCCGCCCCAGGCGGGGCCCCGAGCCCUGCUCCUCGCAGUGGGAGUAUGGGACCAGGUGCAAAUGGCACUGGCAUGUCCAUGGCUACGCAGCAGCCUUUGUCUGGCACACCGGUUCAUCAGCCUUCCACGCCGGGACCAACUGGACCAUCUGCUCCACCCAGCGGUGCCAUGUCGCAACAGAACUUGAAUCAAAUUGCCCUUGCUUGCCGGAACGCCACUAUUCCCAGCAGCCUAUGCUAUUCAGGUGUGGAGCAAGCUCGUUGGUGA